AUGGCCCGUGACCGUUCUCCCGGUCCCCGUCGAGGUCCUCCUCCCCCGCCUCCAAACCCCCAUUACAUCCAGACCGUCACCAGGGACGUCCGUGACACGCGGCCCACGGGCUACUACAACCCCGGGCCCAGCUACCUCCAGCCUGAGCGCACCGUCGUCACCACCCGCUCCAGGUCGCGGGAGCGACGGUCCACCCCGCCCCAGGGCCCCCCCGCCCAGGUCGCUCCCGUGGUGAUCCACAAUAUCCAAAACCGCUUCGAGCAUUCUGACUCGGAAUACUCGUCAGAUGAGUCGUCGCAUGUGUCCAGGCAUCGUCAUGGCCACGGCCACGGCCAUCGCUCGCAUAGCAGGGUCCAUAGCCGCCGCUCGUCAAGUUCGCACAGCUACAUUGACGAUGCCAAGGAUAAGUGGGAGCUGGAGAGGACACGCGAGCAGCUGAAAAACCUGCAGCUCACGCGCCAAAAGCAAGACGAGCAGGCAGCCGCCGACAGGUACUACAAGGAGGAGGUUGAACUGGUCCGUGCCCGGACUGAGCUGGGCCACUACCGUCAGGAGGAGGAGAUCCGCAAGCUUGACGAGAAGUACAAGGCGGACUCCGAGGCGCGGCAAGCCAAGGAAGAACUUUCCCGGAUUAGGCGCCAAAAUGAAGAGGAUAAAAGCGAGAAGCAACGCAGGGAGGAGGAAGACCUCCGCCGUGCCAAGGCCGAGCUGGAACGUCGCAAGCGCCAUGACGAGGAUGAAAGACUAGAGCGAGAGUACAAGGAGGAGGAACAGCUCCGCCGUGCCAAAGCUGAGUUGGAGGCGAUCCGUAAGGCCGAAGACAAGAAGCAUGAGGAGGAACGGAUCCGACGCGAAAUAGAGCUGAAGAAACUUGAGGAGGACAAGAAGCGACGGGAGGAGGAGGAGCGCAAGAAGAAGGAGGCCGAAGAUGCCAUUGCCGCAUACAAGGCCAAGGAGCUCGAGCGCCAGGAGAAGGAGAAGAAGGAGAAGGAGGCAGCCGACAAGGAAUACCAGCGCCGCCUCCAGGAGCACCUGAUCAAGUCUGGCCUUGACGAGAAGGAGAUCGCUGCCAUCCUCGAGAACAAGAAAAUCAAGAGGAAGAAGGAGGAGGAGGAGGAGGAGGAGAGGGGCAAAUCGGUUGCCCGCCCAACCUACACGCGCAUGUCGCUGCGACACUUGGACAUCGAGACGUUGCAUUUCUACAAGCUCGACUGGGAGUACGAUGCUGAGCCGGGUUACAUCCUGAUUAAGCGCUGGGUUCCCGAGCAGGAGCAAGCCAUGCUGUGGGAGCAUACGCGCCGGAUCCGCGUCGUCACGCAGAAGCGUGAGAAAGAUGUUGUCCUCAAGAUCAAGGACAAGAGCAGCGACGAUGACAAGUACGAAUGGGUGCGCAAGACCAGCCACAGCCGCCGCCGUAGCAAGUCGCCUGGUCUUCUGAUGUAUCUUGCGGGCGCCCGUCCGGCAUGA